ACUGCCACUACCACCAGGAGCAGCCGUAUCUCUGUGGCAGAACCAAGAGCUUUUCAAGGAGCUCUACUUCACCAAGUUCCCUGGUUUCUAUGACACCAUGGACGCAGGCUACGUGGAUGAGGAGGGUUUCCUGUACAUCAUGUCUCGCUCUGAUGAUGUCAUCAAUGUGGCGGGCCACAGGCUGUCGGCAGGGGCACUGGAAGAGUCAAGUCUGCUGCACCCCGGGGUGGUGGACUGUGCUGUGGUGGGUCUGGAGGACUCCCUGAAGGGUCACGUCCCCCUGGCUCUGUGUGUCCUCAGAAAUGACCUACAGAAGAGCCAGGAAGACGUGGUGAAGGAGAUGGUGAGCCUGGUCAGAGAGACCAUUGGACCAGUGGCUGCUUUCAGGAAGGUGCUGAUUGUCAGAGGUCUCCCCAAGACCCGCUCUGGGAAGAUCCCCCGCUCCUCCGUGGCUAACCUGGUCAACGGGAAGCUAUACACGAUAUCUCCUACCAUUGAGGACCCAGAUGUAUAUAAGGACAUUGAGAAGAUGGUGAAACAGGAGCUGAGAGCCGCUGGACAGUAACUCUCUAACCUCCUGCUCUAACCCUCCACCUGGACUGCAGACAGUGCAGUCUACCAUGAAGAGUGGACUAGAACUGUACCUCUGACUGGACAGAAAACAGUCCGAUCGCUGGUCGCUAGAGCUGUAUGUACUUUAGCCACUUCACUCCUCUGACUUUCAUUGGCGUGACAAUGAACAUGGCACAAUAGAAGGAGUUGACUAUAGCACAAGCAGAUCUGCAAACAGGUUACAGUAUAUCUUCACUAUUUCACAGUUACGCCGUCUAACAUUACCCAAAGGGAACAGUCAUUCUGAGAGAUGGGUGUCACUACCUCUGUGUGGGGGUGACAUUGAAUAGCCAGGACAAGAAAUGACAUGAAAUAACUUGAUAGUAUGUACUGUAGACCUUGAACAUUGGUUAACAAUCUUGUGAAAAUGUGUAGUAUA